AUGUCCAUGAAACUCUUAACCGUGGUCCAUGAAACUCUCAGCCAUGGUCCGGUGGUGGCCAUCGUUUUUAGCACCUAUGGCCGUGCCAGACUCAGUUCAAAGGCCUCUUGGAAGGGAGGAGGAGGAGGAGGAGGAAGAGGUGGAGGAGGAGGAGGAGGUGGAGGAAAAAGAGGUGGUGGAGGAGGAAGAGGAAUAGGAGGAGGAGGAGGUCAGGAAGUCCUUAAUCCGAGGACGUACAUUGGGCACCGUAACCAGACUCCCCUGGGGCAGCGGUUACCUGUACAGGGAGAGAUAACCGCUGGCCCAGGGGAGUCUGGUUACGGUGCCCAAUCUACGCCCUCGGAUGAAGGAUUUCCUGCAAUGUUGCAACAACCAUUUCGGAAAUGCAACAGAAUUGCAGCCAGGAGGAUUCAUAGGGGAGAGGAAAUCACCUAG